GAAGUGGCCGUUCUAUGCCGGCGGUACCACAGAGGAGCCGUGGCGGGGCGAGGAGGCGGCUGAGCCGGCCUCCGGUGGCUGCCGGCGGCGAGGCCGGGGCCUACGGGAGGGGCGGCGCGGCGCGGCGGGGCGCGGAGCCCCGCGGGGGACGGCGGCAGCGCCAUGGCGGCUGAGGGGAAGGUGACGGGGCAGAGCCAGGAGCAGUUCCUGCUGCUGGCCAAGGCGGCCCGCGGCGCCGCCCUCGCCAGCCUCAUCCACCAGGUGCUGGAGGCCCCGGGCAUCUACGUGUUCGGGGAGCUGCUGGACAUGCCCGCCGUGCGGGAGCUGGCCGACAGCGAGUUCUCCCCCGUGUUCCGCCUCCUGACCAUCUUCGCCUACGGCACCUACGCGGACUACCUGGCUGAAGCAGCAAACCUCCCUCCCUUGACAGAGGCUCAGAAGAACAAAUUGAGGCACCUGUCGGUCGUCACUCUGGCUGCCAAGAUCAAGGUAGUGCCCCUGUUUUCCUCCCCGGCAUACUCCUUUCGCUGGGGUUGCCUCAUGCUAGUUACCCUCCUGUUUCCACAGUGCAUCCCCUACUCCGUGCUGCUGGAGCAGUUACAGCUGAAGAACGUUCGGCAACUGGAGGACCUCGUGAUUGAGGCGGUGUACGCAGAUGUGCUGCGAGGGAGCUUGGAUCAGCGGAACCAGCGCCUGGAGGUGGAUUACAGCAUUGGGAGGGACAUCCGGAGGGAGGAGCUAAGCACCAUCACCCGCACAUUGCAGGAGUGGUGCCACGGCUGCGAGGUUGUCUUGUCAGGCAUUGAAGAACAGGUUAGCCGGGCCAACCAACAUAAAGAGCAACAGCUUGCACUUAAGCAGCAGAUAGAGAGCGAGGUGGCAAACCUGAAGAAGACAAUAAAAGUGACGACAGCAGCCGCUGCAGCAGCCACAUCCCAAGACCCAGAACAGCACCUAACAGAGCUCAGGGAGCCGGCCCCUGGCACCAACCAGCGCCAGGCGAGCAAGAAAACUUCCAAAGCCAAGGGGCUCCGGGGCAGCGCGAAGAUUUGGUCUAAAUCAAACUAGUUGGAUCUCCCUUCACAUCUGGGAGGGUGAGAGAAGGAGAUUUAGGGGAUGGAGGGGUAGCAAGGGUCCCAAGUGUGAUGCUUCUGAGCUCUUCUCUGAGAUCCAUCUUGCCAACUAAUUCUCCUGCAUGUUUCUUCUCUUUCCUACCUUUCUUACUAACUUUCCAGACAGUGUCUCCCUCCUUUCCUUCCCAGCAUUUCACACUCUUAAGCGUACAGCUGUAUGUGUUGCUGCUUCCCCUACCAUUCAAGCCCCCAUCGCCACGGCCGUGUGUUUUUCUCUCUCUCUCUGUCCCUGUCUUUUUGACAGGUCAAUUUAAAGAGCCAUAAAACUGUGUCCAUCACCUCUGCGCCCACAGGGCGUCACAGAACCUUGGGAAGAGUGUGCUCAGCAAUCAUUUUGGCUCUAUGUGACCCCUGGGAUACUUUGCUCCAGGAUGCAGCUGCCAUCUUUGAUUGUUUAAUCUUUGUUUUGCUAGGUGGGAGGGUAGAUUUUGAAGGGAUUAUUUUAAAAAUAUAUAAAUAUAUUAUAAAUAUAUAUAAAACAAUAAAAAUACAGAUCUAUGGACAUAUCUAUACAAA